UAAAUUAUAAAAGAAUCGAAAUCGCGGAUUGCAGUUGGGGAGAGAGUUGCAUCUCCCCAGGAGGUGGCGGCGAUGCUGCUGGUGCACCGCGCAACCCUUACCCGAGGGCGCGGUGUAUCGGUCGUCUGUCGUCGGCCACCGCGACGUCGCGCCGUUGUAAUUCUCUCAUCGGUUGUCGACUCAUUGAUUUUCUUUUCAUUUUCUCGCUUUAAUCGCUACUACCUACUUUAAAUUUAUCGGUCGUAAUUACAGCACUCGACUUAAAGGUUUAUAACUCAAUUUACAUAACUGAUUAAUUUAAUCCUUUAGUUACAUGAUUUUAUUAAUUUACGUGCGAUCAUAGUUGCAACUUAUCGUCUGGCAUGUAAGUGUCGUGAUAUUUAUUUAUGUAAUAAUUUCUUUGUAGUAUGACGUAUAUGGACAUCUAAACGAUUUAUAUCUAAAAUGUAUGUAUUCCUGUUUGGAUAUUACUUCACAUAUUACAUACUAAUUUAUUAUAAUACAAGGUAAAGAAGGUUUGAUGCAAAUCGACGAUUAAGUAAUUUUUUAUUUAUUUUAAUAUUAUUAGCAUUACUUAACAUAAUGAUUCAUUCUUGUAAUUUAUAAACUUACGAAUUAACAUUUUAAGAAUACAAUUAGGCUGUUGGAAUCAUGUCAGCCAAUUUUUUUUUAUUUGGAAAAUGUUAUGAAGAUUUCAAUAUAUUGUUAGCCACGUGUAAUUGCAAAAUGUGUUUAGAAUUAUUUAUAGUAUUCUUAUUAUGUACUUAUAGAAAGAAAAUGUAUUAUGCGGAGAUUACCUCAAAGUAGUGCCGGGUCCCUUUCAAAGAAUUGAAUAACGGAUCAACGAACGAGAUGAGGCAUCGACACAACGGGCGGGGGGUUUCGUUGACGGUCGUCAUUUUGCGCGGGGCGGCGUAAAGUUGAUAAGUGGGACAUACGCUGCAGCAUCUCGGUAUUUCGUAGUGAACUCGCCACCAGGUCGGACUAUCCAUCCAGAAGAGUUGGUCCCCCGUGUUUCUUGUCUUGUGUUACUCCGCGACAAGAUAUUCACAAUUUCGCCCAAGUACAUUUAAUUCGUCGCUUAAUCAUAGUCUAGCAACAUGGCGCCGAAUUUGUUCGGCAGUUCAGCAACUUUAUUCCUCGAAGCUUCCCAGCAGGAUGUGUCGCAAAAAAAAUCGGCGGCAGAGAAGGCUGUGACGCAACAAUUGUCAAUUCAAAAGACACAAACCUUGAAGCCUAAAUAUCAAUGGAAGAUUGUUUGGAGAAACAUGAUAGCUUUUGCUUACCUUCAUCUUGGAGCGCUUUAUGGAUUGUAUAUUUUAAUAACGGUUGCCAGAUUUUACACGUUUCUUUGGAGUAUUUUUGUUGCUUCUUUCGCUGCUGUUGGUGUUACAGCAGGUGCUCACAGACUAUGGGCUCAUCGGGCUUACAAAGCGAAAUGGCCAAUGAGAAUUAUUCUUAUGCUUUUGCAGACCACAGCUUUCCAAAAUCACAUUUACGAAUGGGUGAGAGAUCACCGAGUUCAUCAUAAAUUUACGGACACAAACGCGGAUCCGCAUAACGCACAGAGAGGCUUCUUCUUCUCGCAUAUGGGCUGGCUUUUGCUUCGUAAGCACCCGGACGUCAUCAGCAAGGGAGCCACAAUCGAUAUGAGCGAUCUCGAUAAAGAUUUUGUUGUUGUCUGGCAACGCAGGCUUUACAUUAUUCUGAUGCCUGUUUUCUGCUUCCUGCUUCCUACAUGGAUACCAUGCCAUUAUUGGAACGAGAAACCCAUGUACGCGUGGUACGCCACCCUUUUCAGAUACACGUUGUCGCUGAACGUGACCUGGUUGGUGAACUCCGCGGCUCACAUUUGGGGCAUGAAACCGUAUGACAACUCCAUUAGCCCCACCGACAGCUACAGUGUUGGCAUCGGCGCUUUCGGCGAGGGUUGGCACAAUUAUCAUCACGUAUUCCCGUGGGACUACAAGGCCGCCGAAUUAGGCAACUAUCGCACAAACUUCACUACCGCCUUCAUCGACUUCUUUGCUUGGAUUGGUUGGGCGUACGAUUUGAAGACCGUGGGGCACAGCAUGAUAAAGAAUCGUGCCGCCCGAACGGGCGAUGGCUCGAAAUACGAGCGAAUGAACGAUCAUGAUCAUACACACGAAGGAGCUAUAUGGGGAUGGGGCGAUACUGAUAUGGCACCUGAAGAUAUACAGGAGGCCGAAAUCAUCAAUAAGGGCGACUAAGCCUCGUAAUUCAGUUACCUCCGUACGGCAUUACACUCGAUCGGAGUUGUGCAGAACGUGGACGUCCAACAGGGUAGUUUAUGGUUUAUAAUAUGGUUUAUAAUAGUAUUGCAAAUUUGUAAUGAAUUUAAUGUUCAGUGUUUGGAAGAUUUGGUACAUCAAAAUACAUCAUGUAAGAUAUUAUACAA